GCCGGGCCGGGAUCCGGGAGAGCCGGGAUAAGCGGGAUAACCGGGAGAGCCGGGCAGCGGCGAUCGGGGCGCCAUGGCCGCGGUGACCCGGGGCACCGCCACCCGCCGCAGCCGCCUCAAGCGCUCGGACGGCAGCACCACCUCCACCAGCUUCAUCCUGCGCCAGGGCUCAGCAGAUUCGUACACGAGCAGACCCUCGGACUCUGAUGUCUCUUUGGAAGAGGACAGGGAAGCAAUCCGCCAGGAAAGGGAGCAGCAGGCAGCCAUCCAGCUUGAGAGGGCCAAGUCCAAACCGGUAGCGUUUGCUGUGAAGACCAACGUGAGUUACUGUGGAGCUCUGGAUGAAGAUGUCCCUGUGCCAAGCACUGCCAUCUCUUUCGAUGCCAAGGACUUCCUGCACAUCAAAGAGAAAUACAACAACGACUGGUGGAUAGGGCGGCUGGUGAAGGAGGGCUGCGAGAUCGGCUUCAUCCCCAGCCCCCUGCGGCUGGAGAACAUCCGCAUCCAGCAGGAGCAGAAGAGGGGCCGCUUCCAUGGAGGGAAAUCCAGUGGGAAUUCCUCUUCAAGCCUUGGAGAGAUGGUUUCUGGCACGUUUCGGGCCACACCCACUGCCACAGCAAAACAGAAACAGAAAGUGACGGAGCACAUUCCCCCCUAUGACGUAGUGCCAUCGAUGAGACCUGUUGUCUUGGUGGGUCCAUCACUCAAAGGCUAUGAGGUGACAGACAUGAUGCAGAAAGCUCUCUUUGACUUCCUGAAGCACAGGUUUGAUGGCAGGAUAUCCAUCACCAGAGUGACAGCUGACAUCUCCCUGGCCAAGAGGUCUGUGCUCAACAACCCCAGCAAGAGGGCCAUCAUCGAGCGCUCCAACACCCGCUCCAGCCUGG